CGAGAAAGGAGGGGUCGAUCGAUAGAAGUGUUGGUCGGUAGUGCUUUCCUUUUGGAGGAAUUGAGGGCAUCUUGCCAGGGCCGCGCGCCAGAGGUCAGCAGUGACGACCGUGACCUCAGUAACACCUCAGGACCCCGGAAGCUCCACGAUCCACUGCCCACCCACGAUGAGGUGGCCACCCUGCUCCCGCUCCCUGCUGGGGGUCUGCACCCUCCUCUCCUUGGCCCUCCUGGGGAACAUCCUGCUUCAUGACUUGGAGGUGGUCCCCCGAGAACUACAAGGCUUCUCCCAAGACGAGAUUCACCAAGCUUGCCAGCCAGGAGCCAGCAGCCCAGAAUGCCGUGGCAGCCCCAGGGCAGCGCCCGCACAGUGCGACCUGCCCCCCAACAGCUGCUUCGACUGCGCCCCAGACAAGGGCAUCACCCAGCAACAAUGUGAGGCCCGCGGCUGCUGCUACGUGCCUGCAGAGUGGCCUCCGGAUGCCCAGAUGGGGCAGCCCUGGUGCUUCUUCCCUCCCAGCUACCCCAGUUACAGACUGGAGAACCUGACCACCACUGAGACAGGGUACACGGCCACCCUGACCCGUGCCGUCCCGACCUUCUUCCCCAAGGACAUCAUGACCUUGAGGCUGGAUGUGCUGAUGGAGACCGAGAGCCGACUCCACUUCACGAUCAAAGAUCCUGCCAACAGGCGUUAUGAGGUGCCCUUGGAGACCCCGCAUGUCAGCAGCCAGGCGCCGUUCACACUGUACAGCAUGGAGUUCUCAGAGGAGCCCUUUGGGGUGGUCGUGCGGCGGAAGCUGGAUGGACGGGUGCUGCUGAACACCACGGUGGCCCCCCUGUUCUUUGCGGACCAGUUUCUGCAGCUGUCCACCUCCCUGCCAUCCCAGCACAUCACAGGCCUUGCUGAACAUCUUGGGUCCCUGAUGCUCAGCACCAACUGGACCAAGAUCACCCUCUGGAACCGGGACAUCGCCCCUGAGCCCAACGUGAACCUCUACGGAUCUCACCCUUUCUACCUGGUCCUGGAGGAUGGUGGGUUGGCUCAUGGGGUCUUCCUGCUGAAUAGCAACGCCAUGGAUGUGGUCCUCCAGCCCAGCCCAGCCCUCAGUUGGAGGUCGACAGGUGGGAUCCUGGACGUGUACAUCUUCCUGGGCCCGGAGCCCAAGAGCGUGGUGCAGCAAUACCUGGACGUCGUGGGCUACCCGUUCAUGCCGCCGUACUGGGGCCUGGGCUUCCACCUGUGCCGCUGGGGCUACUCCACCUCUGCCAUCACCCGCCAGGUCGUAGAGAACAUGACCAGGGCCUACUUCCCCCUGGACGUCCAGUGGAAUGACCUCGACUACAUGGAUGCCAGACGGGACUUCACCUUCAACAAGGACCACUUCGGGGACUUCCCGGCCAUGGUGCAGGAGCUCCACCAGAUCGGUCGGCGGUACAUCAUGAUCGUGGAUCCUGCCAUCAGCAGCUCAGGCCCUGCUGGGACCUACCGACCCUACGACGAGGGUCUGAGGCGAGGGGUCUUCAUCACCAAUGAGACUGGGCAGCCACUGAUUGGGCAGGUGUGGCCCGGACUCACCGCCUUUCCCGACUUCACCAACCCCGAGGCUCUUGACUGGUGGCAGGACAUGGUGACUGAGUUCCACGCCCAAGUGCCCUUCGAUGGCAUGUGGAUCGAUAUGAAUGAGCCAUCCAAUUUCGUGAGGGGCUCGGUGGAUGGCUGCCCGGACAACAACCUGGAGAACCCACCCUACACGCCAGGGGUGGUUGGCGGGACCCUCCGGGCAGCCACCAUCUGCGCCUCCAGCCACCAGUUCCUGUCCACACACUAUGACCUGCACAACCUGUAUGGCCUGACUGAAGCCUUAGCCUCCUACAGGGCCCUGGUGAAGGCUCGAGGGACGCGUCCCUUCGUGAUCUCUCGCUCAACCUUUGCUGGCCACGGCCGAUACUCCGGCCACUGGACAGGGGAUGUGUGGAGCAACUGGGAGCAGCUUUCCUACUCCAUGCCAGAAAUCCUGCUCUUCAAUCUGCUGGGGGUGCCCCUGGUAGGGGCCGACAUCUGUGGCUUCCUGGGCAACACUUCAGAGGAGCUGUGUGUGCGCUGGACCCAGCUAGGGGCCUUCUACCCCUUCAUGCGGAACCACAAUGCCUUGAACAGCCAGCCGCAGGAACCGUACAGGUUCAGUGAGACAGCGCAACAAGCCAUGAGGAAGGCCUUCACCCUGCGCUACAUGCUGCUGCCCUAUCUCUACACGCUGUUCCACGGGGCCCACGUCAGAGGCGAGACGGUGGCCCGGCCCCUCUUCCUGGAGUUCCCUGAGGACCCCAGCACCUGGACUGUGGACCGCCAGCUCCUGUGGGGGGAGGCUCUGCUUAUCACCCCGGUGCUCGAGGCUGAGAAGGUUGAAGUCACUGGUUACUUCCCCCAGGGCACAUGGUACGACCUGCAGACCCAGGUACCAAUGGAGGCCUUUGGCAGCCUCCCACCUCCUGCACCCCUCAUAUCUACCAUCCACAGCAAGGGGCAGUGGGUGACGCUGUCCGCCCCACUGGACACCAUCAACGUCCACCUCCGGGCUGGGCACAUCAUCCCUAUGCAGGGCCCUGCCCUCACGACCACAGAGUCCCGCAAGCAGCCCAUGGCCCUGGCUGUGGCCCUGACCACCAGUGGGGAGGCCCAAGGGGAGCUGUUCUGGGACGACGGGGAGAGCCUGGGAGUGCUGGACGGCGGGGACUACACACAGCUCAUCUUCCUGGCCAAGAACAACACCAUUGUGAACAAGCUGGUGCACGUGAGCAGUGAGGGGGCCAGCCUGCAGCUGAGGAACGUGACUGUCCUGGGGGUGGCCACAGCCCCCCAUCAGGUCCUCUGCAACAGCGUUCCUGUCUCCAACUUCACCUUCAGCCCUGACACAGAGACUCUGGACAUCCCUGUCUCGCUGACCAUGGGAGAGCAGUUUGUCAUCAGCUGGUCUUAGCCCGGGGCCCAGUGGUAUGCUGCUCCUUUACAGACCUCCCAGUGGCCUAGCACGUGCACCCUCAGUCGGCGGAGUAGGGGCCUUGGGUCAGAAGGGGCCUUGCUUACCCCAAGUCACAUGGCACUGACGUCCUUGAACACCCAGAUCUGCUUGUGAGUCUGUCUCCCGGGCUCUGGGCCAGCAGCUCGUCUGAGUCUUCUGCCCAGAUGCCAGUCAGAUCAAUGCCCUGAGGGGUGCCCUAUAUUGGAAAUGUUUACUGGAAGCUUUGCUCCUCUGUAGCCUAUCACUGCAAUGUGUGUGCACUGUCAGCCACCACUGCCCACCUAUGAUGCAGAGGUGGUGCCUGGACAGGGUGGUACCUGCAUUGCAAGGCCCCCCCACCUCGGGAGGCCCUGCUGCUGGGACCCGAUAAAAGCACAGAACUGGGGGCUACUGCCCCCAACAACUCAGCAGAGUUCACAGAAUUCAGGGAACCCUCAAUCUGAAGUGCAAUUAUUUUCAAUAAAAGGAUGCGCCUGAAGGUCUUGACACAGAAGUAGGACUCCAUCCUUGAUGGGCCCCUGGACAUUUCUGGGCAGAGUGUGCAUGCUUUAUUGUGCACUCUAAGCAGCACCCUCACAGCCCAUCACCUCACACCCUAGUAUCCUCUCUCAGGUGACUGAAGAACAGCCAGCCAGGCCUGGUGUCAGUCACCUGGUGGGAGAUGCAUGCCCUCCCCAACCCUGCUCAAGGGCUCUAUGGACUAAAGCUGCUACACCCACACUUCCGUUCCCAGGCAACCACUGGUCUGCUUUUGGUCACUAUAGUUUACAUUUUUUUUUGAAUUUUCUAUAAAUGGAAUCAUACAGCUCUUUUGGGGGGGAGGGGGCUAAUAUUAAUCUAACUACUUUGAGAUUCAUCCAUGUUGUAUGGGUACUUUUUCAUUGCCAAAUAGUUUUCUGUGGUACGGAAUGUGCCACACGGUUUAUCAAAUUUUAAUGGUGUUGAGUGUUUUCAGCCUUUUACUGUUAGGAAUAAAGAUGUGUUCAGCAGUCGCGGA